CAAAAACCGAUCAGUAUAUUUCUAAGUAUGAGCGGUAAUGCACGGUGAUACUGACUCGGUCGAUUUUUUUUUUAUCGCAGGAACACGAUCGCGAAAGUGAAUUGUUGGAUUUUGUGGAUUUUGUUUUGAACUUUUUUUGUGUACAAAUUGGAUGAAUAUUUUUGAUUGUAACAUUAGAUCAAGUCCUCGUUAGAGAGGGGAGCCGUAGGGCACAAGGAGAAGAGAAAUCAAAGCGAACAAAUGAGAAAAAAAUGAACGUCGCUACUGGAAUUGUUUUUGUCUUCGUCCGUAGUCUGAUUGUGACUGUUAGCGUUGAAGGGGUGGAACCUUCGCAAUGUAUAGCUCCACUAGGAAUGGAAAAUGGACUGAUUAAAGACACUGACAUAACUGCAAGUUCCUCAUUCGAUCACGGAAACGUAGGACCACAUCACGGAAGAAUACGUAACGAAAUCAACGGCGGCGCUUGGUGUCCCUCGACGCAAGCCACUCCAGAAACUAAAGAAUGGAUUGAAAUUGAUUUACAUACCGUUCAUAUGAUAACUGCUACUGAAACGCAAGGAAGGUUUGGUAAUGGACAAGGUGUUGAGUUUGCCGAAUCUUAUAUGCUAGAAUAUUACAGGCCACGCCUAAAUAAAUGGAUCAGAUACCGUACCAAAACUAAUGGAGAACUUCUCAAAGGUAACAUAAACACAUACCUGGAAUUCAAAACCAUGCUGGACCCACCUAUUUGGGCGAGCAAGAUUCGAUUUCUUCCCUACAGUUCUCAUAAACGAACAGUUUGUAUGAGAGUUGAAGUUUAUGGGUGCAAAUGGUCUGACGGAAUAGUGAGUUACUCCAUGCCCCAAGGAGAUAGAAAAGGCAAUAGUUGGGAAUUUUAUGAUUUCACUUAUGAUGGACAUUGGGAUGGAGAAAAACUUAAAUAUGGCCUCGGUCAACUCACAGAUGGUCAAAAAGCUCCUGACGAUUUCAAAUUGUCCUUUCACCAAGAAGAUACUCAAGGUUGGGUUGGCUGGAGAAAUGAUACCAGAGACAAUAAGCCAGUAGAAGUGACUUUCGAAUUUGAUAAAAUUCGUGAAUUUACAGCCGUGCAUAUUUAUACCAACAAUCAAUUUACUAAAGAAGUACAAGUUUUUAGUACAGCGAAAAUUUUCUUUAGUGUUGGAGGUAAACGUUAUAAGGGAGAACCAAUCACUUAUGAUUCUUUUGAGGAUAGGAUCAUUGAAUCACCUAGAAACGUUUCAGUCAAGUUACAUCAUCGAGUUGGCAGAUUUGUGAAACUUCAACUAUAUUUUGCUUCGCGUUGGAUUUUGAUAAGCGAAAUAACUUUCGAGAGUUCUCCAGUGUCUGGUAAUUUUACAGAAGAAGAAGAACAAUUGGACAAUACUAUACAAGAAAAAAAGAAAGUGACUGUAAAGGGUGACAAUAAUAAAAAUGUGAUCAGUGCAGUGAACAAUCAACAAGGAAUUGGACAGUAUUUGGGCAUUAUUGUGGGAGUUUUUACGGUUUUAGUGUUGUUUAUGGUAGCUAUUGUUGUGUACGUUUUGGUGCAGCAACGGAGAUAUAAAAGCUCGCCUAGGCCUAGUCAGAUACCCGACAAAGCGGCUCUAUAUCGCACGCCAUCUUUAGGUCAUUUAACAACAACUUCUUCGGACUACGCCGAUUAUGCGGUGCCUCUACAAAGAUCUCAACAACCCCCGCGGACACCUCCAGAUCCUCUACACUUUUUCCCCAAACCUCCCUUAAUUCCGCCACCUUCGGAACAGUACUACGCAGCCACGGAUGUGUGUAAACCUCAAUUUACUCCACCACCUCCUCCGUUGAGUACGCCACCACCUGUGAGAUUACAGCGACAGCCCAGAUAUGUAUCUGGGAAGCCUUACAUAGGACCUUAAGUUGAUUUUUUCUGUGAUAAUAAUAAGCUAUACCCCUUAGAUGGCGCGAUCGACUAUCCUCAUAAGGCUGAACGUACCAAAUACUUAUAGUACUGCUUUAUUCCUAUAAGUUUAUUUUGCAAAUUUUUGUGUGAAUUAUGACAAAAUUGCUUCGAAUUACUUUUUAAAAUUUCAAGACAAUCCCCCUUUGAAAAUAAUAAAUGGACGAAAACAUUGCAAUGACAUUGUGGUAUCUUAUAAUGAAUAGUAUUAUUAAUAAUAAUAUUUAAAAAUUGUAUAAAGGUAAGUAAGAUUUUUAGUAUAGGAAAGAAAAUGUUUAUUUAUAUGUAAAAUAGAAAAUUAUGCUGGAUUUAUACAGGACAAGUAAGUUUAAAGCUCAAUUUUUUUUUAAACUUAACAUACCUGAACAUAAUCUUACAUGUAAUUUUUAUAUUUUGCCCAAUGACAUCUUAACACAGAUAGACACCCCGCAUCUCAUUCAUAAACUGAUGUUUGUUGUAAUGACAAUAAGACCCUCCAUGGGCCAGGAGAGGUGAGCUGCUCGAGGGGGGUCAUGGUGGGGAUGCAUCAGAGGUGUAAACUUCUGAACCCGUCAUUCACUUGACCAAAAUAAUGAAGGAACGCGCAUGAGUGCAACUCGUUUAUCUACCUCUAAUUCAUAUAAUAUAAUUAUGUUCGAUCGGCACAUUAACAUGCCAAUCGAAUCAACCUAAUUGGAGGGGAUACAUUGGAGGUGGAUAUUGACGACACAAAAUUUUGUUUACUGUAAUGUUUAUCUGUGUUAAUAUGUCAUUGAUUUUGCCUAAAAUAUUGUGAUAGGUAUUUUUGAUUUUUGAAAAAUAAUUUUUGUAAAUAUGUACAAAAUAAUUGAAAAAUACAUCUUUUGAGUUUAUGAAAAAUAAAAAAAUAUAUACAGGGUGUUGUCGCAAAAAAUAAUAUGUAAUUCUUAAGCUUGAAGUAGAAUGUAUUUUCUUUUUGUUGAAAAUUAUUGCUACUCGGAGUAUACCAUUUAUGCAUUCUGUAACAAUAAAUAAUGAAGACUCUCUUGAUGUGUACAUAUCGAUAUUAUUACGGUGUAUAUAAAUACAUAAUUUGUAGCUAAACUAAUACAUAAUAAAUAUUAUAUAAAAAUU